UAAGCCCCACCGUUAGGGAGCACGUGUGGGUGGUCUUAAACACAGCUUUCCGUCACUGCUGCAGGACAGGCGUCUCUCCGGGGAAUCCGCGCGUCUAAGUGCUUCUGCCGAAAGGGGGGGAUUGUCUUUUGUCUGUGACAGGCUGGCUGAGCCCGCGGUUACUCUGUGCUAGUACUGCGUGUGCUCCUCAUGUGAAAUACUGACAUUGCUUCGGUAGGGUGAUCAGGAUGGAGACCUAGUUUUGUUGAAAGAUACACCAAAAAAAGGAUCUUCAGCCUGUGCGUGUGGUUUAUGCGUCAACAUUCGUUGAUGUGUGUCUAACAGCAUGGCACUGUAGGUUUAUUUGGGGCAGUGAGUGGGUGAGAUGCAGAAAGGAAGAUGGGGUAAAAUUGAAACAAGAUAUGCUUGUAUGUACUGGAAACGAGCAUAUCUAUUUUGAUGUCUGAUCACCUUAUCUGCUUGAGCAGUAAAAUGUCACUGUACCUGUGUUAGUAAUCUCUGCCAGCUAUCAGCCUUAUAAGAUUUUGGAUUUCAACCUUACUACUGUAUUUUUUAAGCUGAGUUCUUGGUGUUAGGGAGACCGUAUGGAUAAAAGACAUUGCUCCAAGAUACGAGCAGCUUGAAUUGUAUCAAACAGCUAAAAACCCCACAAAAUGUGUGCUGUUUUCAGAGUUGGGUAUGACAUAAAUGCUUUAAAAAUCGAAUUAAAUCUCUGAUCCAGUGAUGGGAUCCAGCUUAGAGGCUGAACAGAGUCUGAAGGGCAAAUUCAUAGGCCUUAUGCACAAAGAAAUUGAGUUAAAUUCUCCUUCAUAGAAACUUCUUAAGGUAUAGAAGAUGUUGCUACUAAUAGGAUUUCUUCUAUGAUCAGAGAAACAGGUUUCCGUGUUUGAGGUCAUCUUCUAUGGCAGUGUGUAGGAGAGACCUGAAGAUCGUCUUAUGCCUCAGCUUGCCAUAAACUGCAAACAGCAACAAUGACAGUGAUUCAUGGCAGGGGACGUGGAAGGGUUUAGCUCCUCCAUCCAUGACACCAGUGUCUCUGCUGGAUUCAGAGCACUGUAUGAGGAGGGAUUGCUUCUUGAUGUCACACUUGUCAUUGAAGACCACCAAUUUCAGGCCCAUAAAGCACUGCUUGCCACCCAGAGUGAUUACUUCAGGAUUAUGUUCACAGCUGAUAUGCGAGAACGAGAUCAGGACAAAAUCCAUUUGAAAGGUCUGACAGCUACAGGCUUCAGUCAUGUCCUCCAAUUCAUGUACUAUGGAACUAUUGAACUGAGUAUGAACACUGUUCAUGAAAUCCUUCAGGCUGCCAUGUAUGUCCAGCUUAUAGAGGUGGUAAAAUUUUGCUGCUCUUUUCUCUUAGCUAAAAUCUGCUUAGAAAACUGUGCAGAAAUUAUGAGACUUCUGGAUGAUUUUGGUGUAAACAUCGAAGGAGUUAGGGAAAAAUUGGACUCCUUUCUGCUAGAGAAUUUUGUGCCACUCAUGUCCAGACCUGACUUCCUUUCAUAUCUGAGCUUUGAGAAGCUCAUGUCUUACUUGGAUAAUGAUCAUCUGAGCAGGUUUCCAGAGAUAGAGCUGUAUGAAGCUGUCCAGGCCUGGCUGCGCCAUGAUAGAAGACGCUGGAGGCAUACGGACACCAUCAUUCAGAACAUCAGGUUUUGUUUGAUGACACCAUCCAGUGUUUUUGAGAAGGUAAAAACAUCAGAGUUUUAUCGAUACUCCCGGCAGCUGCGACAUGAGGUUGACCAAGCCAUGAAUUACUUUCAUAGCGUUCACCAACAGCCUUUGAUGGAAAUGAAAUCGAACAAAAUUCGUUCUGCCAAACCCCAGACUGCAGUAUUUAGAGGAAUGAUAGGACACAGUAUGGUAAACAGUAAAAUUCUUCUCUUGCACAAACCAAGGGUCUGGUGGGAACUAGAGGGUCCUCAAGUACCUUUACGACCAGACUGCCUUGCCAUUGUGAAUAACUUUGUGUUCCUAUUAGGUGGGGAAGAACUGGGGCCAGAUGGUGAGUUUCAUGCUUCAUCCAAAGUGUUUAGGUAUGACCCAAGACAGAACACUUGGUUACGAAUGGCAGACAUGUCUGUUCCACGUUCUGAGUUUGCUGUUGGAGUUAUUGGGAGGUAUGUUUAUGCAGUGGCUGGGAGAACCAGGGAUGAAACAUUUUACUCAACUGAACGGUAUGAUAUCACUGAAGAUAAAUGGGAAUUUGUGGAUCCCUAUCCAGUCAAUAAAUACGGACAUGAAGGGACUGUGCUUGGUAACAAGUUGUAUAUCACUGGUGGAAUUACAUCAUCUUCAACUUCUAAGCAAGUGUGUGUGUUUGAUCCCAGUAAAGAAGGGACAGUAGAGCAGCGAACAAGGAGAACUCAAGUGGUCACUAACUGUUGGGAGAACAAAUGCAAAAUGAAUUAUGCAAGAUGCUUUCACAAAAUGAUUUCUUAUAAUGGUAAACUUUAUGUCUUUGGUGGUGUCUGUGUGAUCCUGAGGGCCUCAUUUGAAUCUCAAGGAUGUCCUUCCACAGAGGUUUAUGACCCAGAUACUGAUCAAUGGACUAUAUUGGCUUCUAUGCCAAUUGGUAGGAGUGGUCAUGGUGUAGCUGUUCUGGACAAACAGAUAAUGGUUCUUGGAGGCCUUUGUUACAAUGGUCAUUACAGUGAUUCAAUUCUCACCUUUGAUCCAGAGGAAAACAAAUGGAAAGAAGAUGAAUAUCCAAGGAUGCCGUGCAAGCUGGAUGGCUUACAAGUCUGCAGCUUGCACUUCCCUGAAUAUGUUUUGGAGCAUGUUAGACGUUGCAGCUAA